UGGUUAUGGCGAUCCGGUGAAUUAAAAAUUAAAAUGACACCUGACCUCAGUCUCUCUACGUUUCCACUUAGCUUCAAAUCAUUUCACCAAAAGACACAAACCCGUCUUUUGUGUCACCAUUACUGGUUUAUAAAGAACUAAAAUAAAUAAAACAACAAUGUUAAUGUUUAUCCUGGAGGCCCGCCAGGCUUAAAAUCCACAAAUUAGCUGGAGAACCAACAGCAAUCAUCACCUGGAGGAGGAAUAAAACUCAAUCAGAGCAACCAGCCUCUCCUAUGAUUUAGCUCCUGUCUUUUUAUAAUGUUUUUCCGCUGAAGGUUUGACCUGUAAAGUUCAGUAACGUGAUAAAUCCCUCAGAACCUGAACCGUUUGGACCUUUAUCUGAAGAAUGACUUCCUGUGGGCUAAAGAGUAGAGCGGCCACUGAGGCAGGAAAUGGAGCUAAUGACGGAGCGGUGGACCCGUCUCUGACCGAUAAUCAAAUCUGUGUUUCAGACGAGUCUAAUGGAGCCACCGCUCACGUCACUGCAGGCCGUUUCCCGUCACCUGCCUUUUCCACGACAGCUUCAAUUACGGAGGAGAGACGGCUGCUGGAUGAUGGAUCCGUCCCUUAGCUUCAAAGGUCAGUCAGUCAGUGUCCCUUCUGUCCACUGACUGACCAGAAGGGACAGAAAGGGGCAAAAGAAAUGUUCAAAAGCUGCUGCCAGCAGAGAUAUGAGAGACCAACUGGAGCAACCGGAGUUCCAGUUACAAAGACCCAGUUCAGAACUGGUUCAGUUAGGUGAAUGUUCUGUCUGAACGAUUCUCCUGUCUGAGUCAGCAGCUAAUAAGGCAAAAUAAAAAAAUAAAACCUCCAUGUUAAAGCAGCCAAUGUCCAGAGAGACAUUCAGGAAUCAGUUCAAAUCAAGGAAUCUGUUCAAAGUCAGAACAGUCAGUUCCCUUUAGGAUUUGCUAAUCUGUUCAAACUCACAAAUCAGUGCAGAGAAUUGAAUCUGUUUGGUGUCCAGAACCAUUUCAGAUUCAGGAAUCUGUUCAGUAAGGAAUCUGUUCAGUAAGGAAUCUGUUCAGUAAGGAAUCUGUUCAGUAGGAGGAAACAAACUUGACAUCCAGUAAAGUUGAAACUAUCAGGUAAUUCUGAGUCUUAAUUAAUUUAGACUCCUGAUCAGCCAAUCUGGGUGAAAUGAUUCUCCCAGCCUCUGCAGCGCCCCCUCUGCUGAUGAUGCGCUCCUGCAACAACAUCCAUCACCUUCCUCCUCCUCCUCCUCCUCCUCCUCCUCCUCACUGGUACCCAGAGCGACAAACCUCAGUGUAUCAGUGUUUGAUUGUAGCCCGAAUCGUGCAGCUGUUCCGCUGCUCCUGAACUGGUGAACCGAACCAAGCCGAACCGAACCGGGAGGAACCGGACCAACGCGCCGGGAUGGACCCCGAGCUGGAUCCGCGUUUCCUGCUGUGAGGAGCGGAGCAGGAGCCUGGAAAGCCCCGGAGGAAAGCGGAGGAGGUGGCGGGGGAGAUCCGGGGGACAGAGCCAUGGCGACUGGCGGCGGCGGCGGCGGCGGCGGCGCGGCGCGCAGGCGGAGAGCCGGGAUCCCCGGGUUCUGCUGGAAGACCUGCUGCUUCCCGCUCCUGCUUUGCGUGGUGUCGGUGUGCGGGGAGGAGAAGACCUUCAUAGUGGAGACGUGGCUGAAGAACUACGGCUACCUGCUGCCUCAUGACGUCAGGACGUCGGACCUGCGGCAGGAGAAGGCCAUGCAGUCCGCCGUGGCGGCCAUGCAGCGUUUCUACGGGAUCCCGGUGACGGGAGUCCUGGAUGAAACCACCAUAGAGUGGAUGCGGCGGCCCCGCUGCGGCGUGCCCGACCAUCCUCACACCAGCCGGCGCCAGAGGAACAAACGCUACGCGCUGACAGGGCAGAAAUGGAGGGAGAAGAGGAUCACCUACAGAAUAUCAAACUACACCCCCAAGGUGGGGGAGAGGGACACGCACCGGGCGAUCCGCCAAGCCUUCAACGUGUGGCAGGCCGUCACGCCGCUCUCCUUCCAGGAGGUCCCAAACUCAGACGUGGAGAGUGACGGGAAAGACGCCGACAUCAUCAUCUUCUUCGCCUCUGGUUUCCAUGGUGACAGCUCUCCAUUUGACGGCGAGGGGGGAUUCCUGGCCCACGCCUACUUCCCGGGCGCCGGCAUUGGAGGAGACACCCACUUCGACUCUGACGAGCCGUGGACGCUGGGAAACGCCAACCAUGACGGUAACGACUUGUUCCUGGUGGCGGUGCAUGAACUAGGCCACGCUUUGGGUUUGGAGCACUCCAACGACCCCAGUGCCAUCAUGGCUCCCUUCUACCAGUACAUGGACACACACAACUUCAAACUGCCGAUGGAUGACCUGCAGGGCAUUCAGAAAAUCUACGGGAUCCCCACCCCCAUGUUGGAACCCACCCGGCCGUUGCCCACGCUUCCCUCCCGACGGACUCACUCCACCUCGGAAUGCCAUCCGGACCGGGUCGCCCGGCCUGGUCGGCCACCCGGCGACCGCCCCGCUCUGCCCGGCAACGGAAAACCCAACAUUUGCGACGGGAACUUUAACACCGUGGCGUUCUUCAGAAAGGAACUGUUCGUUUUCAAGGAUCGCUGGUUGUGGCGCCUGAGGAACAACAAGGUCCUGGAGGGUUAUCCCAUAGAGAUCGACCAGUUCUGGAAGGGCCUGCCUCCUCGCAUCGACGCUGCCUACGAGAGGUCCGACGGAAAGUUCGUCUUCUUCAAAGGUGAUAAGUUCUGGGUGUUUAAGGAGGUGAAGGCCGAGCCGGGUUACCCUCGGAGCCUCAUGGAGCUGGGCAGCUUCCUCCCCACAGAUGGCAUCGAUGCCGCCGUCCGCUGGGAGGUUGUCGGGAAAACCUACUUCUUCAAAGGAAACCAGUACUGGCGUUACAAUGAGGAGAAGCGGACGGUGGACCCGGGAUACCCGAAGCCCAUCAGUGUGUGGGAUGGAGUCCCCGACUCUCCCCAGGGAGCCUUCACCAGCAGAGAGGGAUAUCACACCUACUUCUACAGGGGGAAAGAAUACUGGAGGUUUGACAACCAGAAGCUGACGGUGGAGCCUGGAUAUCCAAAGUCCAUUUUAAAAGACUGGAUGGGUUGCUACCAGUCCGAGAUGGAGCGCUCCGGCAGCAACCGCGGAGACCGACAGCUGCCACUUGACGACGUGGACGUCAUCGUGACCAUCAACGACGUCCCCACGACCGUCAACGCCAUCGCUGUGGUGAUACCAUGCAUCCUGUCGCUCUGCAUCCUGGUGCUGAUCUACACCAUUUUCCAGUUUAAGAGCAAAGGAGCACAGCAGAACACGAUGAUGCAGCUUUAUUACAAAUACCCGGUUCAGGAGUGGGUAUGACAGGGGACCAGAACCCCAGAGCUGUUGCUGUUUUCAGCCAACAGAACUGGACCGAAAGAUGCUGCUAGCUGGAGAGAGAAGAUCUGAACUUUGAGACAAAGAGUUUAAAAGAAAUGUUCAUAUCUGGCGAUGUUAAAACCAAACAGGGUGGACAGUAAAAUAAAGUCCAGAGUGAUGUGGAGCGAG